AUGCCUACGGUCAAAGCUGUUAAGGAUUCGAAGAAUCCUUCGUUGAAGUAUUUAAUAGUCAAAUUAAAAGAGAUCCAGUCGUCCUUUUCUGAUGUGUGGGAAUUUGUGGAAACGUUUCAAGAGGAUGCUACUCAUGCGCAGAUUUCGGUUCGACUUUCAGCGAUUGAUGAUUUAUGGGAAAGGUUUGGUGAAGUGUUAAUUGAUAUAAAAUCACAUGAAGAUUUUGGAGCGGAUGUAGAACUUUACGAUAAGGAGCGAAAAGAGCUCAGUGACCGGUAUUAUUUUGCAAAAUCGUUUCUGAUGGAUAAAGCUAAGGUUCGUUUGGAGUUUUCAGAGCUUGAUCAAUCAGUUCGUGCAGGUGAACCUAAUAAUCGCAGUGGUUUUGAUCACGUUAGGCUUCCACAGAUAAAGCUGCAGUCUUUCAAUGGAAACAUUGACGAAUGGCUUGGGUUUCGCGAUCUCUACCUCUCUCUUAUCCAUUGUAAACCUGAUUUGCCAGAGGUUGAAAAAUUCCACUACUUGAAAGGUUGUCUCCAAGGUGAACCAAAAUCGUUGAUUGAUCCUCUACAAAUCACAAGAGCUAAUUACGUAGUUGCAUGGGAUAUUCUGUUAAAGCGGUACAACAACAGCAAACAACUAAAAAAGAGGCAGGUGCAAUCGCUUUUCAAGUUGUCUUCGGUUAGUAAAGAGUCCGUUAAUGAUCUUCUUCAACUAUUGGAAGGGUUCGAGAGAAUAGUUAACACUUUGGAUCAGGUAUUAGAGGCAAAGGAUUACAAGGAUCUUCUUUUGGUGAACUAUCUCGUGUCUCUUCUUGAUCCAGUAACUCGUAGGAGUUGGGAAGAAGAAUCAACCUCGAAGGAAGAAGAUACUUUAUGCGAUUUAACAGAUUUUCUGCACAGGCGGGUUCGAGUUUUGGAAGCUCUUCCACCAAGGUUGAAUGAUACUAAGGGUGUACCUCCACAAAUGUCAGCUAAACAGAAAAGUAAAAACGGAGAAAUUUCGGAAUCUUCAAGGUCAGGUGAAACCAAUGGCACUUCUAAGAGAGGAGAAACAUCUUGUCAGGUUUCUAACACAGCUUCAUCAUCAUGCUUGACAUCGGGUGUCGGGCGCAAGGCUAAUUGUCGGGUUCUUUUAGCAACUGCCGUGGUUCUCUUAGAAGAUGAAAUGGGAAAUAGAUAUCCAGCUCGAGCGCUGCUCGAUUCGGGGUCAGAAAGCAAUUUCAUGUCGGAAAGAUUGAGUCAGCGUUUGAAGAUGAGUCGGAAAAGGGUAGAUGUUGCGAUACUUGGUAUUGGUCGGACAUCUACCAGGGUUAAACACAAGGUUCAAGCAGUGGUGCGAUCAAGGGUGAACAGUUACGUUAAGGAAAUGGAAUUCCUGGUUCUACCCAAGGUAACGGUCGAUCUGCCAACUGCUACAGUUUCAACGGAUGAAUGGUCAUUCCCGAAUGGUAUUGAGUUAGCGGAUCCAUCAUUUUUUGAGUCGAAGGUGGUGGAUUUGGUGUUUAGUAUAGAGUCGUUCUUCGACUUCUUCGAAACGGGAAAACGGAUUUCCAUCGGAGACCAAUUGCCUACACUAACAGAGUCAGUUUUCGGUUGGGUUGUUUCUGGAGGUUUAUCGCAAGAGACUUCAGCACGGAUUGCUUGCACUGUUUCAACGACAGAGUCUCUUGAUACUCUUGUCGCUCGGUUCUGGGCUUGUGAGGAGCUAGGUUCGGAAAACCUUUACUCACGAGAGGAAAAGCGUUGCGAGGAAAUUUUCCAGAAAACGGUACAGAGAGACGGCGAUGGAAGGUACACAGUCUCUCUUCCUAAGAACGAAGAGGUUUUCCCCAACUUAGGCGAUUCGAGGGAAAUAGCCUUACGGCGCUUGGGCGCAACCGAGCGCAGACUAGCUAGGAGUCCGGAAUUGCGUGAGCUGUAUACCAAGUUCAUGGACGAAUAUAUACAGCUAGGGCACAUGAGAGAAGUAAAUGAAACGUCAGAUACUAAACGCUGUUUUUUGCCACAUCAUCCGGUCGAGAAGGAGAGUAGUACGACUACUAAGUUGCGUGUAGUAUUCGACGCCUCGUGUAAAACUACAACUGGUAUUUCAUUAAACGAUGGGUUAUUAACAGGUCCGGUUAUCCAGGAUGAUCUUAGGGCGAUAAUACUCCGCUGUCGAAUGUGUCAGAUCAUGGUCGUGGCUGACGUCGAGAAAAUGUUUCGACAAAUCAACGUAGCAAAGGAAGAUCGCCCACUUCAGUCAAUUCUAUGGAGGAAUUCACCAUCGGAACCAGUAAAGACUUUCGAACUGAACACGGUAACGUACGGUACUAAACCAGCUCCGUUUUUAGCUACUCGUACUCUAAAGCAGUUGGCGUUAGACGAAGCAGAGAGAUAUCCCCUGGCCUCGCGGGUAUUUUCGGAAGAUACAUAUAUGGACGAUGUUGUAUCUGGUGCAGACGAUGCAAACGCAGCACUCAAACUGAGAAUUCAGUUAGAUAAAGCUGCAAAAGCUGGAGGAUUUCGGUUACGAAAAUUCGCCUCAAAUUGUGCAGAAGUCCUGCAAGGGCUUUCACAAGACAGUGUAGCUAUUGAAGAGUCUUCAGAUGGAUCGGAGAAAGAUCCUUCGAUGAAGAUACUUGGGCUCACAUGGUUACCGAAAUCUGAUGUCUUCAAGUACAACUUCAACAUUCCUGAAAUUCCAAAAUCCUCGGUUUUAACAAAACGCAAGGUGCUGUCGGUAUUAGCUACGCUUUUCGAUCCAUUGGGACUUCUUGGUGCUGCAAUAACAACUGCUAAAAUAUUUAUGCAGCAAUUGUGGACGUUAAGGAAUAGCGACGACCAAAGAUUGGACUGGGAUCAGCCAUUGCCUCCAACGGUGGGUGAGGAUUGGCUGAAAUACUACGAACAACUGGUUUCUCUCAACAACAUUCGUAUCAAACGGUGCAACAUAAUCCCAGGAGCCAUCUACAAGGAAAUCCACUGUUUUUCGGACGCUUCGGAGAAGGCGUAUGGUGGCUGCGUCUAUUUGAAAAGCGUCAACCCAAAUGGAGAGGUUGAGAUUUGUUUGUUGUCUGCCAAAUCGAGGAGCCGAGAACGACUGAACCGACGAGCGAUCCACCAGUUGACCACCGACUACCGACCGAUCGACGCGAACAUAAUUAAGCCCUGGCCGGGUAACUAA